GCAGGAGCGCUUUCGCAGAAAGAGUUAUCGGCACUCCGUGUCUCUAUAUGCGCUCAGUUUUCAUAAAUUUUCUUUCCAAAAACUAUUUCUAGGGUUGUCAGUCACUGGCCGGGGUCUUGGGUUGGGGAUUUCGGGGAGGAAUUGCGUCAUCGCAACCAAGCUUCGGUAGGAAAAAAGGAGGAAGCCAUGGAGGCCGAUUCUUGGAACCGCUUUUCGUCCGCCGCUUCGAGGCGCCACCAGUCCGCUCUCCAAUCGCGAUACGAUCUGUACCUUGGGUUUGAGGAGGUUGAUGGCGGUGAUGAUGACUACAGGGCGGAGUUCCCCUGCCCGUUUUGCUCCGAGGAUUUCGAUAUCGUCGGGCUUUGCUGCCACAUCGAUGAUGAGCACCCCGUGGAGGCGAAAAACGGGGUAUGCCCUGUAUGUGCAGCUAGGGUUGGUUUGGACUUGGUUGGGCACAUAACGACGCAGCAUGGAAAUUUCUUUAGAAUGCAACGUAGGAGGAGAUUCCGCAGAGGUCCAUCUGGGUCCCAUUCGAUGCUAUCUUUGUUGAGAAGGGACAUAAGGGAAGGCAAUCUACAAUCUCUUCUUGGAGGAUCAUCCUACGUGGCUGCUCCUUCCUCUGCAGCACCUGAUCCCUUUCUGUCAUCACUGAUCUACACUUCACCUGUGGCUGAGUCAUCAAGAGAUGUACAACCUGAGUCUUUGGAUGAAGAAAACAUGAUUAAUAAGAGUUCAGAUGAAAAAGUUGCAGAGAGAGUGGAACCAUCUUUAUCUGAGAAAGAUCAGGAAGAGAGAGCGAGGAGGAGUGAAUUUGUGCAGGAGCUCGUGCUCUCCACGAUAUUCGAUGACACAUUAUGAGGGAAUUCUCUACCCCUAUGGUGAUGGCAGGAGGGAUCCUCGUGGAAUCCUGAAGACCAUCGGCCGGCUGCUACGUUGUUGUAAUUGUUGCUCAUGGCCCUCUUUUUAAGCCUUGUGGGCGUUUAUUUAAAUGCUGUAUAUUUAGAAGUCUUUUAAGAGAGAGGAGAGCAUUGGAAUGUAUUAUAUAUUUAAUGUUACUAUCAAGAUAUGAAUGGACUAUUUCUAUGCAGGGGCAGUCAAUGCGUAUUUGAAACGGACU